AUGACAUGGCUCUAUGUAGAUUCUGCAUAUCUGCUAGUAUUUGCCGCAUCUCUUCGGCGGCUCUGCUCGGACACUCUCGCAAGUAUCGUCCUUUCUCAUUCCGUCGAUCACAAGGAUCGCACUCAACCGCCUUCCAAUCUUCACUUCCAAGCUCUCUCAGCUUUGGCCUCGUUUCAUGCUCUUAAGACUCUCUGGAUUGAACUGGAGAUGGAAGAUCGGGUUGAAGUAUCCGGGCAGCAGCUGAUCGCACUUGUUCCAAAUUGGCCCCAGCUGGAGAAACUACGUAUCUACCCCUUCGAUACCAGCGACGGUAUUUCUGUAUCGUCUCUCGCUGGUAUUUUGCAGCACCUUCCAAAUGCAUUCGAAGUGUCUGUCCCCACAACGAUGUUUGACUCCGACUUCGAUGAUCUUCCUGACAUGUACCCGACGUUCAAGCAGGUGAAGCGGCUCUGCAUAGCGUACGAGGAGCACGACGUCGAUGAGCGCCUUCCUUGGACGAGCUCGACUUACGACAUGAGAGAGGGUAGGUGGGUUGCGAACCAGUACGCGUCGGACGAGCGGUCUUCGGACGAGAAACAUACGAGUGUGGAUAGCGGAGAAGAGGAGUAG